UACUUUGGAUAAUUAUGCAAAAUUAGGAAAUGCACUUGAUUGGCGUGAACUAGAAUUAGCAUUGUACUUGUUACAUUUAUACGGGGAAGCAAUUAAAGGAAAAGUUCAGUUUGUGGAGAAACAUAACAAUGAAAUUACAGCAUAUACUCCUUUAGGGGAAAUGAUGAAUCAAAUGAUUCAAUGUGAUGUUUCUUCAUAUUCACAUCCAGCCAUUACCCUGAAUUUUUUUGAAAAUAUUUCUCGCUAUUCUCAAUUUUUUGAGAUACAACCUGAUUGUAUCCCUCCGGUACUUGGGGCGUUUGUGGAUAUACGCGGUCUACAUAAUCCAAAUACAACAAUUCGUCAUCGAUCCUGGUAUCUUUUUCAUCGAUUUAUAAAGUUGCUGAAGUUAAAAAUGGAUAAAUAUGUUAAUACUGUAUUGGGAAGCAUUCAGGAUUUAUUGAUCAUACAAGCUGUAAUUGAGCCCUCUGAUAUAUCUGCGGACAGUAAUCCUUUGACAAAAGAUAAAGCAAUGGAAAGUGGAUUUAGCGAGCAGAUAUUCCUUUUUGAAACUGUUG